UCCAGCUCUUGUUACCUGCGAGAAGUUGCUGUAGGAUCCACCACACAAGAGUCACAAUGGGCAUAUUUUCAAGCAAGGAGAAGACAGAGCCUGCUCCAUGCAGCCUACUCACAGUAAAGAUCAUAAAGAUAAAAAAUCUUCGGAAGGCAGACCUUUUAACCCAAUCUGACUGUUAUGUGACUUUAUGGCUGCCAACUUCUUCGAUGCAAAAGGCAAAGACUUAUACUGUGAAUGAUAACAAAGACCCAGUAUGGAAUGAAAGUUUUCACUACAGAAUUCAGAAUCAAGUAAAGAAUAUUCUAGAGCUCCAGGUGUGUGAUGAAGAUAGACAUACUGAAGAUGACCAUCUCCUCACUGUUUUCUUUGAUGUAUCUAAAAUCCAACUUGGAGAAACAGUCUGCUUGAACUUUCAGCUGAAUCCAAAGGGCAAGGAGGAACUAGAAGUUGAAUUCACACUGGAAAGCAGCCCUGAUGUUCCAGAGAAGAUUGUUACUAAUGGAGUCUUAGUGUCUCGUGAAGUUGCCUGUUUGGAAGUUCAAGUGGAGAAUGGGAGAAUGAAGGAUUGUUGUUCACAACGAAGAUUUGCUUUUUCAGUUGAUGGGUCCCAUGAAGGACACCAGGACCUCACAUUGCGCCACUGGCUUUGUCCUGCAUCUCCUGCUAAAUUUCACUAUAUCAAAUAUUUCCAGUCAGAACUGGGCAUUGAACUCCCAAGUUGGCUCUGUUCGGCUUCCAGGGACCCAAAUGAGCUGAAGACUGUUCCUCUGAAUUCACUUCCUAUACAAGAGACUGUAACGAUAGCACCGAACAAAACAUUUGAGUUGAAUGUGAAGUCCAAAGACUGGACUCAAGGCUGGCUAUGUAAAAGACCAAAACAGCUUGAUGUGAGACUAGGAUAUGAUCUGUGCUCAGAGGAAAAGAGUUUCCUGCAGAAACGGAGGACAGUGGUUGCUGCUGCUCUGAAAGGUAUUCUUCAGUUAGAGCAUCUCCUGCAAGAAAAUGAAGUGCCUGUCAUUGCUAUGACAACUACAGGGGGUGGGAUGAGAGCACUAACAGCUAUGUAUGGCAGCCUUUGGGGUCUCCAGAGGCUGAAGCUUUUGGACUGUAUCUCCUAUAUCACUGGUUCUUCAGGUACAACAUGGACCAUGACGAAGUUGUAUGAAGAUGCCAAUUGGUCAAAUAAAGACCUAGGGGAGAUAAUCAAGUAUGCUCGGAAGCAAGCUGCCAAAUCUAAAAUGAGUGCCUUUUCCUUUGAGAGUUUAAAGACCUACCAGCAGGAGCUAUGCCAGAGGAAAACUGCAGGAUACAAGACAUCCUUUAUAGACCUUUGGGGGCUCAUGAUUGAAGCCAUGCUGAAUGAUGGGAACAACCGCCACAGACUCUCUGAUCAGCGAAAGGCAGUGAACCGAGCUCAGAAUCCUCUGCCCAUCUACCUGGCACUCAAUGUUAAAGAUAAAGUCACCACUAGAGAUUUCAGAGAGUGGGUGGAAUUCACACCGUAUGAAGUGGGAUUCCCAAAAUAUGGAGCCUUUGUUUGUGCUGAAAAUUUUGGAAGCCAGUUUUACAUGGGGCACCUGAUGAAGAAACUCCCAGAAUCAAGGAUCUGCUUCAUGCAAGGGAUGUGGAGUAGUAUAUUUUCCAAAAAUCUACUGGAUGCAUGGCAUGCAGCUGACAAUUCAGAGGAUUUCUGGAAUAGAUGGACCCAAGAUACUGUCACUGAAAUUGAGGAAGUACCUGAUUUACCAGAGAAGCCCCAUGAGAUGCCGACUAGCAUGUUCACUCCUGCAGGAAGCCUUUCCAAUGCCCUACGAGGCAUUUUAACAGACCGUCCAGCAGUAUCAAAGUAUGACAAUUUCCUAAAAGGGUUCCAGAUGCACAAUGAAUACUUGCAGCAUCAACAGUUUUCUAAAUGGAAAGAUACUGUUCUUGAUUCUACCCCUAAUCAACUAAGAGACCCCGAAGAACACCUGGAACUGGUUGAUACAGCCUUCUUCUUUGACACCAGUUGCCCACCUCUUCUGAGACCUGAGAGGAAAGUGGAUGUCAUUCUGCACUUCAACUAUACUGGAGGAUCACAAACCAAGCCACUGGAGCAGGCUUCCAAAUACUUCUCAGAGCAAGGAAUUCCAUUUCCCAAGACCCUGCUAAAUGAUGAAGAAAAGAAAAACUUAAAGGAAUGCUAUGUGUUUGAAGACGCAGACAACCCAGAUGUCCCCACAGUGAUUUAUUUCCCACUAGUGAAUGACACCUUCCAGAGAUACGUUGCACCUGGAAUAGAGCGAAGUGCUGCUGAAAUGUCACUGGGUGAUAUCGAUAUCUCUAGUGCCUUUUCUCCAUAUUCCACAAGGCAGGUCUCACUGCAAGAGGAGGAUUUCAACAAGCUCCUAAAUCUAACUCAUUACAAUGUACAGAAUAAUGCCAACACAAUCUUUCGUGUUUUACAAAAGGCAGUAGAACGGAAAAAACAUAGUCAGUCUUCUCAGACAUAACAAUCAUGAAUAUUUCUUCUUUGUUCUUUAAGAAGAACUAGGUAGGGGAAGAGGGACUAGAAGAGUUCUAAUAACUGGCCCAAAGAACAGCUGGUAUAAAGAAUCCAAGCUACUUGAAUUUUGGCUGCUCAAAGUUAUUCCUGAUUGUCCAUAUGAAAUUAGCAGAGUGAAGUUCCAUGUGUUCAUAGGAGCUCCAUAAAACUUUGAAAAAUAUACUAUAUUUGUUUCCAUUAAAAUAAGCAUAAGCAGACACUACCUAAAACUCCCUAAAAUAAAACUAAAAGUAAAAACAGCAUAAUAAAAUAAAAGUAAAAACAAAAGCUGUCAGUGUAUAUAUAAUAAUACAGCCGAACAAUAUAAUAAUAAAUUACAAUUAUAGUGCUGGAAGAGGAUCCCAGGAGGCCCAGUUUCCAAGGGCAAGGUGUAUACCAUUACAUUGAAGCGUAGAGAUUACAGAUGAAAGCAAAAUCCAGUCCAAAGAUUAAAGGAUCCACUUAGUGGGAGGGAAAUGAUACAUCUGACCCUCCUCUCACUUAUCUUAAGAGUCCCAACAAUUUAGCAGUAAUUAAACAGGAUUUCUAUGAGCAAGUAGAGACUGCCUCUGCAUACCAGUGAAGCCCAUGCUGAGGAAUUCUGGAUAAUGGCAUAUAUACCGUACCAUAGAUCCCCUAAGCAGCAUGUGCAGAGUCAUGCUAGAGGAAUGCAACUUCUCUGCCUCUCUCCGUCUCACUGCAGAUUUCUUUGCCCCUGAAAUUGUAUUAGUUUUGAUCAAUGACCCAAAGGAACAAUAUGGAGGAGCAAUUUGGGAGUCUUCAGUAGGAGAAGGAAUCAGAACAAGCUUCCCUCCCCUCUUCCACAGAUGGAAAAGCUAAACCAUUGGAGGAGCUACUGCUGUGUGGGCAAAAUGGCAGAAUCAGAUCCAAGCCCAUAUUAGCCAAAUAUUUUUAUGUAUCUAGAUUGCACAUAGUAUUGCACCUGAUUCUGUAUUCCAGAUUGUGUGUGUGUGUAAAGUACCGUCAAGUCAAGACAAGAGAUGAACUGAGGUGGUUUGCCAUUGCCUUCCUCUUGUAUUCCAGAAUGUGCAAUUGAAAUAGAUGUAUUGGUUAAAAAAAAUAAGCCAAUGUAUUUUUCUCAAAUGAUUAUCAGGCUUUCAUUUUUGUAAUUUUAAGAUUAAAGAAACUGGUAACUAUGGACUAGAGUACACAAGACAGUUCAGGAUUUAAAAUCACAGUUGAGCAAUGAUGUUAUAUUUUUAAAUGUCAGAUUCAUAUUAUUCUGGUCUCCAACUUGUAGUUUUUGUGUGUGUUUCUUUGUUCUUAGAUAAUAUUAUUUUAUUGUAGGUAGGCAAAAGAAAAUGUUGCAUCAUUUUAUUCAUAAUAACUUACAGUUAUCACCUACUCAUGUCUCCUUUAUUUUUGGAAAUUGUGUUUUACAUGUACUAGAUAAUCAUUUGCAAAAUAGCUCCUUAGUUGGCUUUCCUGAAAGAAAUGCUAUAGGCAAGCUCAUGAAUAAACAAGCAAAUUCAUCA